AGUGCCUUCCAAUUCGAAGCUGUGUCUGAUUCUUAUUUUUUUUUAUCAAAUAGUUUUGCGUGUGCUUGUGUGUGUGAGAGUAGCAGGGAUAACAGAACAUUUCCCAUUUGCGCAGUUUAUUCCAAGAAACCUGCGACCAAAAGGAGAAUUGCGCUUGAAAUAAUGGCACGCGACGGCACACAAGGUGGGACCCAAGGGGCCACCCAGAGCCAGGCAUCCAACAUUUGGACGCAGGUGGAGAGCCAACCGAUGGAGAGGAUCGUGUGGGGCAGAUUGUACGGAAAGAAUAUCAAAAUCAAAUCGCUGGGUACGAGCUCCAACUACCGCAUAGUGUAUACGCAUUCGUCCUUUUCUGUUGAUCUGAACAAUGACGAAUUCAAGGCUGGACGUGGAGAGGCGAAUGACUUGGUCCUGACCCUCAAAGAUUUGCCUGAGAAAAUCCUGACGCGCAUUUCCAAAGUGCAUUUUAUCAUAAAGCGGGCAAAUUGUGAGCUGACAAAUCCGGUCUAUAUACAGGACCUCUCACGCAAUGGGACUUUUGUGAAUAAUGAAAAAAUUGGCACCAAUAACAUGCGCAUUUUGAAAAACGACGAUGUCAUAUCAAUUGCCCAUCCCACAUACAAAGCCUUUGUGUUCAAGGAUCUCAGCCCGAAUGAGGCCAUCGGCCUGCCCGAAGAGAUAACCAAAACGUAUUCUGUAAAUCGUAAACUGGGCUCGGGGGCCUACGGUCUGGUGCGUUUGGUGUAUGAGACGCGCACCUGCCAACAGUUUGCCAUGAAAAUUGUUAAGAAAAAUAUGCUGGCGGGCAGUGCACGACCCAGCACGAAUCUCAGCGAUCCCGAAAGGGUUCUCAAUGAGGCAAAGAUUAUGAAAAACCUCACCCACCCUUGUGUGGUGCGUAUGCAUGAUAUUGUGGAUAAACCGGACUCGGUUUAUAUGGUCCUGGAGUUUAUGCGCGGUGGGGACUUACUUAAUCGCAUCAUCAGCAAAAAACUGCUGUCGGAGGAGACCUCAAAACUAUAUUUCUACCAAAUGUGCCAUGCUGUUAAAUAUCUACACGAUAGAGGCAUCACACAUCGCGAUUUGAAGCCAGAUAAUGUUCUGCUAGAGUCGGGGGAUGAGGACACACUUCUCAAAGUCUCUGACUUUGGGCUAAGCAAGUUUGUACAAAAGGACUCUGUGAUGCGGACACUCUGUGGCACGCCGCUUUAUGUGGCCCCUGAGGUUUUGAUCACAGGCGGACGAGAGGCCUACACCAGGAAGGUGGACAUUUGGAGCCUGGGUGUAGUUCUGUUUACCUGUCUCAGUGGCACAUUGCCCUUCUCCGAUGAGUACGGCUCUCCAGCAGCUGAGCAAAUAAAAAAGGGUAAAUUUGCCUACCGACACCCUGCCUGGAAGGGUAUAUCGCAGCGUGCCAAGCUCUUGAUAAAUCAAAUGCUCAUUACGGAUCCCAAGAAGCGACCCUCAAUCGAUGAUGUACUGCAAGCCAAUUGGCUGCGAGACACAAAAGUGCUACAAAAGGCCAAGCAGCUAAUGAAACUCGACAGCAUGGAGAUCGAUGAGGUAGAGAAUAAUUUCCUGGAGCCACCCACCAAGCGUUCGCGGCGAUAGCUAAGCGGGAAAAGGUUUUAAUUUUCUGGAAAAAUUAAGAGGACAUUUUUCCCACCCCAAAAAAAAACCCUCUGCCGCAGCCAAGACGAUACGCUCUGUUUAUGCGUGAAAUGUGUUUCGAAAUCAAGUAUUUUUUUGCGGUUGUUUAGUUUUUACGUUUUGUUUGUUGUAAGAUAGCCACAAAUCAACCUGUUGAUUGGCAUUUAGUUGUACAUAAGAAAACCAUUAUAUCCUUAAGGAAUGGUAUGUUUUUUCCUGAUGACCCAGUACUUGGCCUUUUACAUAACUCUGCUUGCGUAAGGGAUCCCCCACUGACAGGACAGGACAUCAAAGACACCAAAACUGAAGCAUUGUUCCGAUCAGAUCAUAUAAGACCAUUCCAAAUGAUGAUGCGCAUUGAUUGUUUAGUAACUAAACACAAAUUAUUAAUUAGAAUUACAAUCUGACUUUUUGGUUGAAAAUUACCCGAGAGCCUUUGAAAUAAAGAUUUUGAAUUUAUACAACGAA